AUGAAGUUUCAAACUCUUUUUCUGAGCUAUCUUCUUCUCCAGGCAGCACAGGCCUCAUCUUUACCAAAAGAUGUUUUCGCUACUUUGAAACCCAGAGAUGACCUAAAGAACUCAAACAGCUCCAAAAUCGACUGGUCAGAAUGUGACUUGGACUUUGGAGAUAAUUCGACAAACAGACGACAAAGAAAUUAUGACUGCGCCAGACUCUCUGUUCCUUUGGACUAUACCUCCGCUAGCAACGGCGAGACCAUUCAACUUGACUUGAUCAAAGCCAAAGCCACCAAGAAGCCCUAUCUAGGCAGUGUUCUUUACAACCCCGGCGGCCCCGGCGGUUCGGGCGUUGAAGCUAUCGUCUGGUCGGGAAUGGAACUUGCCAAAGUUCUUGGCGGACAAUAUGAUGUCAUUGGAUUCGACCCCCGAGGCACUGGUCGUACAAUUCCUUUCAUCUGUAAUGGAACAGGCUCCGGCACUGGAACGAAUCUCACAAGUGCAGCAAGUCUGCGUCGCAGAGAGUUCAACACGAUUCCGCAGGCUGAGACCUGGGGUUUUGUCAGAAAUGAGACUUGGGAACUUGCCCGUACCAUGGCGGAAAAUUGCUAUGAGAGUCGACAAGAUACAGGUCGUUUCGUUGGAACGCCUUUUGUCGCGAGGGAUAUGAUCUCUAUCGUCGAUGCGUUGGGUCAAGGGCCCAUGCUUAACUACUGGGGAGUCUCUUAUGGCACUAUCCUAGGUCAAGUUACUGCUUCUAUGUUCCCUGAGCGUAUUGGCCGCAUGUUGAUCGACGCCAAUUUGAAAGCCGAUGAUUAUGCGGCUACAACCUGGAUCAACAGCAUGAGAGAUGCCGAGCGAUCACUUUCCAAUCUUCUGGACGAGUGUGUUGAGUCUGGAAAGGAACUCUGCUCUCUUGCAGACUACCACGGAAACAGCACAACAGGCGAGAGCCUCCUCACAGAGUUUAGAGAGAUGCUCGAGGGCUAUCUCAACGGAACUCUGCCAGACGGCGAUGCCGGUGACGAGGAUCUCCCUAGUGACGAUCUAAACCUUCUCAUCGCCACGUUCAAAAACUUGAUCUUCGGAGAACUCUACAGCCCCGUUACAUAUCCCAGCAUCAUCAGCCGCAUUGAAGGCCUUUUCAACAAUAACAUGACAGCCAUGUUCAAUACCAGGAAUGAAAGCCCGCUGGAAAGCGAAUGGAACAUUGCAGCUGAAUUUGUCACCAACGGCAUUGCAUGCAGCGACUCUUCGUUCCGAGUUGAGGAUCAGGAUGAUUUGUUCUCGAUUUUCCAAGCUCAUCGCGCUGAGGGAUCUUUCUCUGAACUGGGAACAGUUGCAAGACUAUUCUGUGCGCAAUGGAAGUUUUCUGCUACGGAGCAGAUUGACAUUAACAAGCUGAGAAAUGUCAAGACGAGAAACCCGCUUCUUAUCGUUAAUGGACGAUAUGAUCCUGUUACACCUUUGAGUAGUGCCUGGGGCGUUUCAGCUCAGUUCCGAGGAAGUCGAGUCGUGGUUCACGAAGGUGUCGGUCACGGACUGAUGGCUCACCCAUCGAACUGUACCCAGGAGAUUGUCAAGAACUAUUUCGUCGAUGGAGAGAUGCCCAAGCUGAACACUACUUGUCAGCCUGAUGAGCCUGCUUUUAAGGACGCAGCGCUAUAAGCAAACGGGCCCAGAAGUAGAUCGAUGAUAGAGAGGCAGGUGGCUGGCGACUUUUAUUCGUUGCCAAUAAGAAGCCUGUAAUUUGAUUAGACGCAAAACUUUC